AUGAAGUGCGAUCCGAGCAACGAACGGCGGGUCCGCGGGUUUGCGAACCCGGCCAACAGCCUCAGUCGAAAAGUUAACUGGGGACCAACGUCCGAAAAGAAAGAGGCCGAAAUUUCAUUGACGGGAGAGAACAAGUGCUCAUGUCAAGGUUCCCUAGGCCAGGUACAAGCCCGCGGUAGAAUUGCGUCUACGGUAGCUACUUUUAGGGAGGAGUUCGCGGAUAAGGGGAAGGGACGGUCAGUAAGGGAGCAGGGUGGACAGGAUCUUCCAUUUCGUAUGCAGAUGCAAGCCGAGCCAGUAAGUUGCGAGCUGCAGAACAAGGGACCACAGGCCACCCCUGCUCCUCAGCAUCCAACGCCAGGAACCCAGGCGGGGUGGGAGGCUCAGGUCCCCGAGAAAUUGAAGAAUGAUCAACACAAGGGUGGUAAUAGGGUGGGUGGUCGAUGGAAGGCUGUGCGACGUGCAGUACAAAGAAUGGAUGGCUGGAUGGUGACGUGA